UGUUGCAACGGUUUCAGCAGCUUCAGCAGAUCAUCUGUGGUCUGCUGAAGCUGAAGCUGCUGAAACUGAAGCUGCUGAAACUGAAGCUGAAGCUGAAGUUUGGUCAAGAUCUUCUUCUUACUCCUCAGAUUCUCCUCUGUGUCUUGUGAACACGUCAGAAGUCAGAGCAUCUAUGGAGGCAGGAAGAUGAUUCUAGGCUCAUUAGAUGAUUGGACGCAGCAGCAGUGUCGGUGGAGGGAGGAGCCUAGUAGGUUGCUGAAUGUGCGGAGCGGCAGUUGGAGGUUGUCUUCAGACAUGGCAGAUGUUUGUUCAGUCGCCUCGUGAGGAGCAGAUCCAGCAGAGGACACAAGAGAAGCUGCAGGCCCUGAGACCUUCACCCAGUCGUCCUCUGUCUUCAGGUGUUGAUGGAACAUGGACUCCUCCUGGUUCCUCCUGGUUCUGUCAGCCGCUGUCUUUGUCUCCAUGGCUCUGCUGACCGUCGUCUGUCUGUCCUGCUGGAACAAAGGUCCGCUGGUGUCCAUCAGACAAACACAUGCUUCAGAAGAAUACAUGCCGUCCACGGAAUUCAGAGUCGUUCAUCCAUUUCAGAUAAGCAGUGAUCUGAACUCCAUCCGCUCUGCUCACCACCUGCUCUCACCACCGAGGGUCGUCUCAUCUUCAGCUGAUUCUGGAACUCAGCGGAGACACCGAUCCUUCACACCAACAGACACUGAAAGUAAUCCAAGUUAUGAAAACCCAGCAGAAGGACCUGAGUAUCUGAACUCUGACCUGAAUCUGGCUGACAGUGAUGUAGAAGAUCCCGGCUACAUCAUCGUGAUUCCUGACAGUGACGCUCUGGCACCAGCAAACCAGAGCCAAGUCUCGACGCCCAGUUCAGACGUUCGACACGAGUACGUAAACCUGGAAGAUGAGAAACGUGAAGAACAGGGAGAAGAACGGGAGGAGGAGGAGGAGGACGAGGAGGACGAGGAGGAGGAGGAGGAACGGUACUACCUGAAUGUGGAUCCGCAGGACUCUCAAACAGCAGCUCAGAGCAACUCUGACGACGACGACGACGACGACGACGAUGAUGAUGAUGGGAACUACGUCAAUCAGCCUCCGGUGAUGGACACUCAUCUCCGAGCAUGAUGGGAUGUCUGUCGCCUCGUUUUCAAGGAUCUGAGCGACUGAGGGCGGAGCCUGCAGAAGAACAACAAACUCUAAUCCCAAAGCUUCAUCAUUACAACAUAAGGAAGAAACUGAUGAGAUGUUUUUAAGAACACGUACAGAUCUUUAUCUCACUCUCUCACACCAAAGCCCAGAGAGAAAAUCAGGGGUUUUAGCUGCUGCUCCUCUGCUGCCUCGUGUGGUCACUUUGUGUCACUGAGGUCAAAGUGAACAAAGACGUUUGAACGUUUCCUGUCUCACAGUGAGAUACAGACGUGUACGUGUUCUUUAACACUGACGUAGGUGUAGAAGUAUUGAAUCAUCGCCAUCAUAUGAGUUUAGCUUUUUGUCCACAAGGAAGAAGUUGUUUUUAUUUGUUACAACAUUUGACUUUACAUUUAUAAUCUGACUUUACUGACAAACCCUGAGAAUGUCUUCACUGCAGGUGUGUGUGUGUCACUGUGUGUGUCACUGUGUGUCACUGUGUGUGUGUGUGUGUCUGUGUGUGUGUGUGUGUGUCACUGUGUGUGUCACUGUGUGUCACUGUGUGUGUCACUGUGUGUGUCACUGUGUGUGUCACUGUGUGUGUCACUG